ACCAUGUGGCUCAACAGCAGCACAGCCCCAUUCCUGUUGACUGGCUUCCCAGGCCUGGAGAGAGCACACUGCUGGAUCUCCAUCCCAUUCUUUAUUGUCUAUGCUUCUAUUAUUUUUGGCAAUGGCACUCUACUCUUCCUCAUCAGGGAUGACCACAGCCUUCAUGAGCCCAUGUACUACUUUCUAGCUAUGCUGGCAGCCACUGAUCUUGGAGUGACCCUGACUACAAUGCCUACAGUGAUGGGAGUCCUAUGGUUGAACUACAGAGAGAUCAGUCAUGAAUCAUGCUUCCAGGCCUAUUUUAUCCACACACUCUCAGUCAUGGAAUCUGGUGUCUUACUUGCUAUGGCUUAUGACCGUUUUGUUGCCAUUUGUAACCCACUGAGAUAUACUUCCAUCCUUACUGAUUCUCGUGUGAUAAAGAUUGGGAUUGUUGUCUUCAUGAGAGCCUUUCUCUCCAUUAUACCCCUAAUUCUGAGACUACACUGGUUUCCUUAUUGCCAUUCUCAUUUACUCUCUCAUACUUUCUGCCUCCACCAAGAUGUUAUCAAAUUGGCCUGUGCUGACAUUACCUUCAAUCGCAUCUACCCUGUUGUUUUGGUUGCAUUGACAGGUUUCCUAGACUCUUUUAUCAUCCUCUUCUCUUACAUAUUAAUUCUAAAGACAGUCAUGAACAUUGCUUCUGGAGAGGAGCGAGCUAAGGCUCUAAACACCUGUGUUUCCCAUGUCUGUUGUGUUUUGGUAUUCUAUGUAACAGUAACAGGUCUAACACUUAUACAUCGUUUUGGGAAGCAUGUACCACAUGUGGUUCACAUUACCAUGAGCUAUGUGUACUUCCUCUUUCCUCCAUUAAUGAACCCUAUUAUCUAUAGUGUCAAGACCAAGCAGAUACGGAAAGGUAUUCUUCGUAUUUUCUCUCUGCGUAGACCCAUAGCUUGA